AUGAAUAUAGCACCUAAUAUACUGAAUGCUGUAAACGAAUGGUUGACACCUACAUUUGACAACGAUACACAAGCUGCGGUUAAGGAAUUAAUGACUACCUCACCAAAGGAACUUGAGGAAAGUUUUUAUAAAAACCUUGAAUUUGGAACUGGCGGAAUGCGCGGUGUUAUGGGCGUUGGAAACAACAGAAUUAACAAAUAUACCCUUGGAAAAAACUACUCAGGGAUUAUCUGAUUAUUUACACCAGGUUUUCCCAAACCAGCCUUUAAAAGUUGUUAUUGCUUACGAUUGUCGUCAUAACAGUAAUACGCUGGCUAAAGUUGUGGCUGACGUUUUCUCAGCAAACGGAAUUCAUGUUUAUUAUUCUCUGAUUUAAGACCAACUCCUGAAUUGUCUUUUGCUCUUAAAUAUUUAGGCUGCCAAUGCGGAAUCGUACUUACGGCUUCUCAUAAUCCGCCAGAAUACAACGGAUACAAAGUUUAUUGGGAAGAUGGCGGACAAAUUGUUCCUCCGCAAGAUGCUGCCAUUAUCAAUGUAAUCGAAAAUUUAAGCUACGAUAAGAUUAAAUUUAACGCAAACGAAAGUCUGAUUGAAUAUAUCGAUACUGAAAUUGACAAGGCUUUUGUAAAAUCAUCUAUCGAAAACGCAAGUUUUAAUACUCCGGCUAAAGCCAAAGAUAAUCUACAUAUUGUUUUUACUUCGUUGCACGGAACUUCUAUAAAAUCUAUUCCUGAUACUUUAUCGCAAGCGGGUUAUACAAAUGUGCAUAUUGUUCCUGAACAGGCAGAGCCAAACGGUGAUUUCCCAACGGUUAAAUCUCCAAAUCCUGAAGAGCCCGAAGCUUUGACUAUGGCUUUGGCAUUGGCAGAUAAAACCAAUUCUGAUAUUGUUGUAGGAACUGAUCCUGAUUGCGACCGUCUUGGUGUUGCCGUUAGAAACAACGAAGGCAAAAUGAUUUUGCUUAACGGUAAUCAGACGAUGAUUUUGAUGACUUCUUUCUUAUUGAAACAAUGGAAAAAAGCAGGCAAAAUCAAUGGUAAACAAUUUGUAGGCUCUACAAUUGUUUCUACUCCGAUGAUGAUGGAAUUAGCCACAAGUUAUGGCGUAGAAUGCAAAGUUGGUUUGACUGGUUUUAAAUGGAUUGCCAAAAUGAUCAAAGAUUUCCCGGAACUCGAAUUUAUUGGAGGUGGUGAAGAAAGCUUUGGUUUUAUGGUGGGUGACGCCGUAAGAGACAAAGACGCUGUUGCAGCUACAUUAUUAAUAUGCGAAGUGGCAGCUCAGGCAAAAGCAGCAGGAAGCAGCGUUUAUAAAGAGCUUUUACAGCUUUAUGUUGAAAAUGGUUUUUAUAAAGAAUACUUGGUUUCUUUGACCAAAAAAGGAAUAGAAGGUUUGGAGGAAAUUAAUCAGAUGAUGAUUAAUUUACGUCAAAAUCCUUUGAAAGAAAUCAGCGGACAAAGAGUAAUUAUGGUGGAAGAUUAUCAAUCAUCGAUUGCUUUGAAUUUAUUGACUGGUGAGGAAUCUACAAUGGAUAUUCCGAAAUCUAACGUAUUGAUUUAUUAUACUGAAGAUGGUUCUAAAAUUUGUGCAAGACCAAGCGGAACAGAACCUAAAAUUAAAUUCUACAUUAGUGUUAAUGCAGAAUUAGAUUCGGUUGCCAAUUUUGAUGCUGCAGAAAGUUUCUUAGACGAAAAAAUACAAAAUAUCAUUGCAGGAAUGCAAUUGAAAUAA